AUGGACACUCCCAGUCUGCUCCCGCAGGUCGACGCCUUGGCCGACAAUAUCGACGACCUGGAGGAUGCCCUGGGUCCGCUGCUCCAGUCCGCCCUUUCCACCCACGCAAGCAAGCUGCCGCUGCUGGACAAAGCGAAGCUGUACACCCUUGUCACCUACGCCAUAGAAUCCAUGCUUUUCUCAUACCUCAGCCUGAACGGCGUCAAGGCCAAGGAGCACGCCGUCUUCACCGAGCUCACCCGCGUGCGUCAAUACUUCCAGAAGAUCAAGCAGGUCGAGGACGCUCCCAUCAAGCCCAACCAGUCCCUCGACAAGGCCGCCGCCAACCGCUUCAUCAAGGCCGGCCUCGCCGGCAACGACCAGUACGACAAGGAACGUGCCCUGCGCCAGGCCAAGGAACGCGCCAUUGCCCAGCUCAAGCUCGAGCAACUGUCCAGCAAGAAACGCAAGGCUGACGACGCCGCUGAGGACAAUGAGGCGUCAUCCGAAUCCUCCAGCUCCGAGUCGGACGAGGACGAGGAGGAGGAGCAGGAGCCCGAGGAGCCGCAACCCCGGAAGAGCAAGCGCGCCAAGGCGACCGACAUGUGGGAAGCCGGAGCAUCUGAGGACAAGGGUGGUAAGAAGCAGAAGGGAAAGAAGAAUGGCAAGCAAAAGAAGGCCGAAGAAGAUCCUGGAGAGCCAGAAGGGGAUGCCGGUGAGGAUAAUGAGACUGGUCGCACGCGGAAACAAAAGUCCGGUCAUGUCCCGCUUGGCCACAAGGGCGCGUUCCAGGCGCUACUAAAGGGACCCCUGCCGAAAAGAGACGAAUCCCAAGCACCGAAGAAGAAGGGCAAGGGAAAGAGGAAGUCAAGGGGUUGA